AAUAGUAAACGGAUAUUUUAUAUUUAUUUUUCCUUAUCGAUAACCAAGAAAUAGUGUGGAAGAAUAAUACAAUUAUUGUAUUUAUUUCAAUAAAAUGUCUGACCCUGACCGGUGCCAGCGUCCAAGUUACAGAAGAAGUUACAAAAACAGCACGCCACGACACACAAGAUACGAUUGGAGAGAAGUGAGUUAUAUAUCCUCUGGACCAAUUCACCAUAAAUUGACUAUAGACUGGGAAAAAGAACUUCCCCAGGAAACGAGUAAAGCUCCCAAGUAUGUCGUUACAUUUGACGUAUCCGGUUUAGAUCAUCUGGUAGAGAAACCGUUGGAAGAAUACAUCACUGGCAGCUCCUACAUAGGUACUCAUAACCAAAUGAAUUUUUCCGGAAUAGGAACCUAUUACUACCCUCAUGGAGUUAUAUAUAAGGGAACUUUUAAGGAUGGGCAAUUUCAUGGGAAUGGCACUCUUAUAUACCCUAAUGGUCAACGUGUAGAAGGUGUUUGGAGAAAUGGAAAGUUAAAAGAUAGUACCUACAUAUACCAUGAUGGUUUGCAAUAUGAAAAAGACUGGAACUACCUAAGAAUGCCAGAUAGAGCUUAUAUGGAAGAAAUCAACUGCGGUUUUCGACCUCCAGGUACUGAAUUAGUAUCAAAUAAGAAAAUCGUUACAAAAAUACCACCAGAUACUUUCGAAACAGGAGACGAGGGGUAUUACGACGACAAAAAGAAAAUUAUCUAUUCUAAAGAUCACAAAAUGCGAAGAAUAGUUGACGCACAUGAGAUGGAGUUAAUCCGAAAUAAUUAUCGUCAAGAAGCAGACAAACCUGUCAAGUAUUACCCCCAAGUUUACGAAUAUUGGUCUACUGGAAGACAGCGAGAUGUGAAAAAAAUCCAGAAACGAUAUUCUGUGGGUAUACAAUCGAGAAAUAGCUCAGUAGAUACUGAGGCUACUACUACUGAAUAUUCUAUAGGAUCCUUAUAGUCGGAGAGAUAUAAGCGUAUUUUGCUCGUGAUAAGUAAUAACAAACUAUAUGGGGAUAUGUUGAAUUAGUUGUGUACAUGACUUUACCCUACGGGCGGAAACCAGAGUGGGGGACGAGGGUAGUUAUAAGGGGUCAAAGUCGCGGUUUUUAUUAUUUUUUUGUGACGCUCAUGAUCGAGAUAAUGCACCAAAAUUUGGGAGUAAGUAGGUCAUGACGUAACUAAUCAAAAUCUCCAGGGGCGGAAAGCUGUGUGGGGGACAAAGAGGUGGCGGGCAGGGUGAAUAUAAAAAUUAUAAGGGGUUGUUUGCGAAGCUCAUGAUAGAGAUAGUGCACCAAAAUUUGGGAAUAAGUAGAUCAUGACGUAAUUUAGUCAUGUACUCAUCACAUAUUACUCAUCACGAGCAAAAUCCGCUCCCAGCUCUUGGACUAUCGAUACAGUAAACACAUA